AUGGUUUCUUCUAAUCAUGAAAAAAGAUGCUCAUGCUAUAAUAAAUAUAAAAAUCUUAAUGAAUUUACUCGACUAAUUGGAGGUCAAAUGAAAAAAUGUUCCAACUGCAAUGAAUGUGUAAAAACUAAAAAGGAAAAAAAGAAAGUUAUUAGUGAACCAAUGAGUGCAGAAAGUUUGAACAUAACUAAAGAUUAUAUUAAUGAUGAAUAUGAAGAUAUAGCUUGGUUUAGUUUAACAGAUAUAGUAAACUUAAUAGCUAAUUGUUUCAAAAGUGAAGAGCAUAAUCAUGCAUAUUUUUUAAAAACUUUGAAGUUUGAUAAAAAUUUUGUUAAUAUGCAUAAUAAAAAUCAAAAGAGUGAUAAAGAAGUUACUUAUUAUAAUAUAGCUGAAUCUCUUCUUGUAACUAUCAAAAUUGGAUUUCACUAUUAUUGA